UACGAGAACGACUUCACGUGCCACUGCUCGUACGGGUACACGGGCAAGCAGUGCCUGGACUAUGUCGACUGGUGCGCACAGGCACCGUGCGAGAACGGGGCCACGUGCACGCAGCAGGACAACACCUACCACUGCCAGUGUGCGGCCGGGUGGACCGGCAAGCUGUGCGAUGUCGAGAUGGUAUCGUGUAAGGAUGCGGCCGCGCGGAAGGGCGUCGACGUGCGGCAUCUCUGCCGGAAUGGUACGUGCGAAGACUUUGGCAACUCGCACCACUGCCGGUGCAAACCGGGCUACACCGGGUCGUACUGUCGGCACGAGAUCAACGAGUGCGAAUCGCAACCGUGCCGUAACGGUGGCACGUGCAAGAACCUGAUCGGUGCGUACCGGUGCAUCUGCCGGGCCGGGUUUCAGGGCCAGAACUGCGAGCUGAACAUCGACGAGUGCAAACCGAACCCGUGCCGGAACGGGGGCAUCUGUCACGAUCUGGUGAACGGGUACAAGUGUUCCUGCCCGCCCGGUACGAUCGGGGUGCUGUGCGAGAUUAACACCGACGACUGUACGCCGGGCGCCUGCCACAACAACGGCAGCUGCAUCGACCGGGUCGGUGGCUUCGAGUGCCGGUGUCCACCCGGUUUCGUCGGUGCACGGUGCGAGGGCGACAUCAACGAGUGUCUGUCCAAUCCGUGCUCGAACCCCGGUACGCUCGAUUGCGUCCAGCUGGUCAACGAUUAUCACUGCAACUGCAAGCCGGGCCACAUGGGCCGACACUGUGAGGUAAAGGUGGACUUUUGUGCGAACGAUCCGUGCCUGAACGGUGGCCAGUGCUCGACACGCCAGUCCGGCCAUCACUGUCUCUGCACCGACGGGUACUAUGGCAAGAACUGCGAGUACAGUGGCCACGACUGUGACUCCAACCCGUGCAUCAACGGACUGUGCCAGAUUGCGGACGAUGGUGGGUACCGGUGCGAGUGUCCGCUCGGUACCAGCGGUAUCAACUGCGAGCUGGACGUGCUGGACGAGUGCAACUCGAACCCGUGCGAGAAGGGAGCGCAGUGCCAGAAUCGGCUCGGCGACUUUGAGUGCUUCUGCCCGGCGAAAUGGAAGGGCAAAACGUGCAACGAGUACGAUCCCCACUUCAACGGGUGGUUUGACACGACGACACACCAGCGGAAGGGCGGCAGUGGCGGCGGACUACUGGGUGGGCUCGGCGGUGUUGGCCCCGAUGGGCUGCCCAAUAUGUACGCGAUCGAUCUCGAGUAUCAGCGGGCACAGUGCGUGAAGAAGGGAUGCCGCGAGAAGCAGGGCAACCUGCGGUGCGACGAGGAGUGCAACACGUACGCCUGCGACUUUGACGGUAACGAUUGUUCGCUCGGCAUCAACCCGUGGCUCAACUGUACGGCCAGCAUCAAGUGCUGGGAGGUGUUCCUCGAUGGGUUCUGCAACGAGGAGUGCAACAACCCGCAGUGUCUGUUCGAUGGGCGUGACUGCGAGAAGAAGCUGCAACCGUGCAACCCGACCUACGACGCCUACUGCCAGAAGCACUACGCGAACGGAUUGUGCGACUACGGUUGCAACAAUGCCGAGUGCGACUGGGACGGGCUGGACUGCGAGAACGAGAAGGAACCGGCAAUGCUGGCGGAGGGUGCGAUCUCCACCAUUCUGCUGAUGGACCUGACCGCGUUCCGGGCGAAGCGGGUCCAGUUUCUGCGCGACCUUGGCCACCACCUGCGCACGACCGUGCGCAUCAAGAAGAAUGCGGCCGGCGUGGAGAUGAUCUUCCCGUGGAAGGGCGGUACCGCACUGCAGGGCCUAACGGAUAGCGAGUUCGGCCGGAAGCACCACGUCGUCUACACGGAAACGCGCCAAACCGGCAUCCAGGUGUACCUGGAGCUGGACAACCGCAAAUGCAUCGGGGCGAGCGGUGCGGAGUGCUUCGGGACGGCGAACGAGGCCGCCGAGUUUCUGGCGGCGACCGCGGCCAAACACUCGCUGUCGAAGCAGUUCCCCAUCUACCAGGUGAAGGGCGUCAACCCGGACGACGAGCUGCCGGGCACGACGAACGUGAACUACGUGCUGGUCGGGUUCUUCGGGCUGCUCGGCCUUGCCUGCUGCACGGUGCUGGUAGUGAACAGGAAGCGUGCCCACGGGAUCACCUGGUUCCCGGAGGGUUUCUUUACGGCCAACACGAACGUGCGGCGCCCGUCACGCCGCCGACCGGAUGGGCAGGAGAUGCGCAACCUCAACAAAAACCCUUCCAUGGUCGAUAUGGUGGUGAACGGGCACGGUGGCGGUGCCGGCGGUAUCGGUGGUGGUGGUGGUGGUGGCAGCAUGAUGGGUGGACACUCCCAGCAGUGGUGCAACAGUGACGACGAGUCGGAGAUGCCGCAGCGCAAACGGAUGCGUGCGAUCGACCAGGGUUACUCGAGCGACCAUACCGCUAUCACGGAUUACGAGGAGACGGAACCGCGGGUCUGGGCCCAGCAGCACUUCGAGGCAGCCG